UGCUACUUUUAUAUGGACAAGAGAGCUGACUUAGGAUCAACAGGCUCAGGUGUAAUGGGAACUAUAGGAGUACCUCUUACUGCACACUGUGUUGUUUUGUUUCUCCUCCAGAUGGUAGCACUGAGUACAGAACAAUUCACUGUGAAUGGCUUAGAGAGUCCAGUCUUGGUUCCAUUGGGUGGAAAUCUAGAACUCAGUUGUCAGUUGUCUCCACCACAACAAGCAAAGCACAUGGAAAUUCGCUGGUUCAAGAAUCGCUAUUCAGAGCCAGUAUACCUGUAUAGAAAUGGUAAAGACCUGAAUGAAGCAAUUGUCUACAAGUAUGUAGAGAGAACUGAACUCCUGAAAGAUGACAUCGGGAAAGGGAAAGUAACCCUCAGGAUCUUUAAAGUAACUAGUGUUGAUAGUGGGUCCUACCACUGCUUCUUCAAAGAUGACAAGUUCUAUGAAGAGCAUAUCAUAGAAGUCAAGGUCACAGCUACAAGCUCAGACAUACAGAUUCUUAUGCAUCCCCCAAACAGCACAGGUGUGAGGUUGGAGUGUCAUUCAGGAGGUUGGUUCCCACAGCCUCACAUGGAAUGGAGAGACAGCAAAGGAGAGUACAUUCCAGCUACAUCAAAAUCCCAUUCACAGGAUGAAAAUGAAUUUUUCAACAUGACAAUGGACCUUUUUAUUAAAUCCAACUCCUACUGGAGUGCUGCCUGCUACAUUCAAAACUUUGUAACUCACCAAGAAGAAAGCAUAAGCUUUGUCCUACCAGGGACAAAAGUGUUGCUGUUGAAAAAUAUUCAAUCAAUUUUUCAAAGUUCCAGUGUGGAUCUAGAGAAAAAAGAUAUGCUUUUGAAAAGUAUUAAAUCAAGAUUUCAAAGUUCCAGUGUGGAUCCAGAGAAAAAAGAGAGGCUGUUGAAAAUUAUUCAAUCAAGGAUUGAAAGUUCCAGUGUCGAUCAAGAGACAAAGGCGUUGCUGUUGGAAAGUAUUCAGUCGAGUAUUGAAAAUUCCACUGUGGAUCUAGAAACAAAAGUGUGGCUUUUGGAAAGCAUCAAAUCAAGUAUUCAAAAUUCCAGUGUGGAUCCAGAGACAAAAGAAUUGCUGUUGGAAAGAAUUAAGUCAAGUAUAGAAAAUUCCACUGUGGAUCUAGGGACAAAAGAGUGGCUGUUGGAAAGCAUCCAAUCAAGUAUUCAAAGUUCCAGUGUGGAUCUAGGGACAAAAAAGAUGCUGUUGAAAAUUAUUCAAUCAAGUAUUCAAAGUUUCAGUGUUUAUAUAGGAACAAAAGAGUGGCUGUUGGAAAGGGUUCAAUCAAGUAUUCAAAGUUCCAGUGUGGAUCUAGGGACGAAAGAGUUGCUGUUGGAAAUUAUUCAAUCAAGUAUUGAAGGUUACAGUGUGGAGCUAGGGAUUGAAGAGUUGCUGUCAAAAAUUAUUCUAUCAAGUAUCCAAAGUUCCAGGGUGGAUCUAGGGAUAAAAGAGUUGCUGGUGAAAAUUUGUCAAUCAAGUAUUCAAAGUACCAGUGUGAUUCUAGAGACUAAAGAAUGGCUGGUGAAAAUUUUUCAAUCAAAUAUUCAAAGUUCCAGUAUGGAUCUAGAGACAAAAGUGUGGCUGGUGAAAUUUUUUCAAUCAAGUAUUCAAAGUUCCAGUAUGGAUCUAGGGACAAUAAAAUGGCUGGUGAAAAAUGUUCAAUCAAAUAUUCAAAGUUCCAGAGUGGAUCUAGAGACAAAAAGGAUGCUGUUGGAAAUUAUUCAAUCAAGUAUUCAAAAUUCCAGUGUGCAUAGAGGGACCAAAAAAAUGCUGCUGAAAGUUAUUCAAUCAAGUAUUCAAAGUUUCAGUGUGGAUCUAGAGACAAAGGAGUGGCUGUUGAAAAUUAUUCAAUCAAGUAUUCAAAGUUCCAGUGUGGAUAUAGGGACCAAAUCCAUGCUGUUGAAAAAAAUAGGAUUGAUUUUGAGGAGUUCCAUUGUGAAUCCAGGGACAGAGUUGCUGUUUCAAAUAAUUCAAUCAGAUCUUCAAAGUUCCAGUGUGAAUACAGAGACAAGAGAGAUGCUGUUUGAAAUAACUCAACCAACUGUUCAAAGUUCCAGUGUGAAUUCAGUGACAGAAGAGUUGCUGGAAGAAAAUUAUCAACUGCUUCUUCAAAGUUCCAGUGUGAAUUUAGAAGCAGAAAAUAUACUGAAUGAUACAACUCAAAGGAUUCUUCAACUUUCCAGUGUGAAUCAAGGAAGAGAAAAGUUGCUCUUGGACAGAAUUCAGCAGAUUCUUCAAAGUUCAAGUGUGAAUCCAGAAACAAAAUGUUGGUUGUUGAAAAGAAUUCAGUUCAUUCUUGAAAAUCCCAGUGUGCAUCAAGAGAAAAAAGAUUUGCUCUUGGAAAGAAUUCACUUGAUUCUUCAAAGUUCCAGUGUGCAAAAAGAGACAAAAUCUUUGCUGUUGGGAAGUAUUCAGUCGAUCCUUCAUAGUUUCAGUGUGCAAAAAGAGACAAAAUAUUUGUUGUUGGAAAAAAUUCAGUUGAUUCUUCAAAAUUCCAGUGUACAUCAAGAAACCAAAGAUUUGUUGUUGAAAAUAAUUCAGUUGAUUCUUCAAUAUUCCAGUGUGCAUGAAGCUACAAGUAAAUUACUCUUGGAAAGAAUUCAGUUGAUUCUUCAAAGUUCCAGUGUGCAAAAAGAAACAAAAGAUUUGUUGUUGAAUAGAAUUUUCUCGAUCCUUCAAAAUUCCUGUGUGGAUCAAGGGGUAAAAUAUUUCCUGUUGAAUAUAAUUCAUCCGAUUCUUCAAAAAACCAGCGUGCAUCAAGAGACAAAAAGUAUGCUGUUGGACAGAAUUGAGUUGAUUCUUCAAAGUUCCAGUAUGCAACAAGAGACAAAAAAUCACCUGUUGGAUCAAAUUGAGCAGAUUCUUCAAGAUACAACAGUGCAUCAAGAGACAAAAGAUUUGCUGUUGAACAGAAUUGAGUUGAUUCUUCAAAAUUCCAGUGUGCAACAAGAGACUAAAGAAUUGCUGAUGGACAAAAUUGAUUCGAUUCUUCGAUAUACCUGGGUGCAUCAAGAGACAAAAGAUUUGCUGUUGAACAGAAUUGAGCUGAUUCUUCAAAGUUCCAGUGUGCAAGAAGAGACAAAAAAUUUCCUGUGUAAUAUAAUUGCGUCGAUUCUUCAAAGCACCAGCAUGCAUCAAGAGAAAAAGAAAUUGCUGUUGGGCAGAAUUGAGUUGAUUCUUCAAAGUUCCAGUGUGCAACAAGAGACAAAAAAGUUGCUGUUGAAAAUUGUUCAAUCAAGUUCUCCAAGUUCCUCUGUGCGUCUAGAGUCCUGCAAUAAGAGAAAUCCUUUUUGGAAAAAGCAUGCAUUGGACCUCGGAAUUUCAGUGUUCGCAAUUAUAGUAGUCACUCUCAUUAGGCAUUUAAAUCAAAGAGAGGCAGACCAACAUUUUGAACUGGAUACUUUGUGGUCAAAAGAUACUAGUGUGAUCCUGUGUGUGCUGAUCAUGUUUAACAACAGGCUCAAGGCAUUGAUUUACUUCAGACUGUAUGGAUAUUCACCUCCAGGUAAAACAUAUAAAUACAUAGUAAACUACAUAUUAAGAUUCUCUCAACCCCUGUUUUUCAUAGUCUACUCUGCAAUAAUCCUUGUUAUGCAUCUGCAAAUACAGAACACAGAUUCAUUAUUUUCCUUGUACAAUAGCUGGAUGGUAGAAAUGAUAAUGGUUCUAGGAUUACUACUCGCAAUUUUCAAUGUUAAAAACAUUGCAACUGCAUUAUUACACUUAGGCCGUACAACUCUACGACUAUUCCGGAUUAAAGACUAGCUCAGACCUGGCUUAUCAAAGCACUUAGGGUGGAGUCUUCCAACCUA